AGUGAGGUGGGGGAGGGAGUGAGAGGGGAAUGUGCCUGCGAGACCGCUGAUUGGUGCACUCCCAGAAGGCAUCUGUCUGUAGAACUUUACUGGCAUGUGAAACGGAAUCGCUUACAAGUUAAAGAUAGAUGCAGAAUUUCAGUAUCCCCAGCCAAAAUCUCACUGAAAAUCCAUUUUUCCUUCCUCGCUCGCUGCACUCAGCCUGCAAUUUAGUGGUGUUUUCUAUGCAGGGAGAAGUAAACUAGUCUGCCUGUGUUCUGGGAUUUACUGGCCUCAGGAGGCACUCCGUCAUGGUUCAGACUUUAGGAAUGAUUGAAGACUCUGGAAAAAGGGGGAAUACCAUGGCAGAACGAAGGCAGUUGUUUGCAGAAAUGCGUGCUCAAGAUUUGGAUCGGAUUCGCUUGUCUACAUACCGAACUGCCUGCAAGCUUCGGUUUGUGCAGAAAAAAUGCAACUUGCAUCUGGUGGAUAUCUGGAACAUUAUAGAAGCGUUGCGGGAAAAUUCACUAAACAAUGUGGACCCAAACGUGGAACUGAAUGUGGCUCGCUUGGAAGCGGUGCUCUCAACGAUUUUUUACCAGCUAAAUAAGAGGAUGCCAACUACUCAUCAGAUCAACGUAGAACAAUCAAUCAGCCUAAUGUUAAACUUCCUACUCGCUGCUUAUGAUUCGGAAGGGCAUGGUAAGAUUACAGUUUUCGCUGUCAAAAUGGCUCUAGCAACUUUAUGCGGAGGAAAAAUUAUGGACAAAUUAAGAUAUAUUUACUCCAUGAUAUCUGAUGCAAAUGGUGUUAUGGUAUCUGGAUGCUAUGAUCAAUUUCUAAGAGAGGUCCUAAAAUUGCCCACUGCAGUUUUUGAGGGCCCUUCAUUUGGUUACACAGAGCAAGCUGCCAGGUCCUGUUUUUCACAACAGAAAAAAGUUACCUUAAACUCUUUCCUGGAUACACUUAUGUCUGACCCACCACCUCAGUGUCUUGUCUGGUUACCUCUUCUGCAUAGGCUGGCGAAUGUAGAAAAUGUCUUCCAUCCUGUUGAGUGUUCCUAUUGCCACAGUGAGAGUAUGAUGGGUUUCCGUUAUCGCUGCCAGCAGUGUCACAAUUACCAGCUCUGUCAGGAUUGCUUCUGGAGGGGACAUGCCAGUGGUUCCCAUAGCAACCAGCACCAAAUGAAAGAGUACACGUCAUGGAAAUCACCUGCUAAGAAGUUAAGCACUGCACUUAGCAAGUCCUUAAGCUGUGCUUCCAGCCGUGAGCCUCUGCACCCCAUGUUUCCUGACCAGCCUGAAAUGCCUCUUAACCUGGCUCACAUUGUUGAUACUUGGCCUCCCAGACCAGUUACCAGCAUGAACGACAACAUCUUCUCUCACUCUGUUCCCUCCUCAGGAAGUCCUUUCACAAACAAAAUCUCUCCUCACAAGAGUACUGAAGUAGAGCAGAGCAAAUAUCUGGCUAGGGCUGCUCCAACUUUGCUAAAAGGAAAAGGGUUACAAUACAGCCUGGGUGUGGCAGAUAGGCUGGCUGAUGAACAUGCUCUUAUCGGGGUCUAUGCCAACAUGCUACAGAACAACCUUCCACGAAUGCUGGACAGUCCAAGCCGACUGGAUGAAGAACACAGACUGAUCGCCAGAUAUGCAGCAAGGCUGGCAGCAGAAAACUCUUCGUCACAGGUUCAGCAGAGAGGAGGAUCUGAUAUUACCUUUACUAUUGAUGCAAAUAAGCAACAACGACAACUCAUUGCAGAGCUUGAAAACAAGAAUAGGGAAAUCUUGCAGGAAAUCCAGCGUUUGCGAAUUGAACAUGAACAGGCAUCACAGCCCACGCCGGACAAAGCACAACAGAAUCCCACCCUCCUUGCUGAACUUCGACUCCUCAGACAACGCAAAGAUGAACUUGAGCAGAGGAUGUCUGCCUUGCAGGAGAGCAGGAGGGAGUUGAUGGUGCAGCUUGAAGGGCUUAUGAAACUUCUAAAGGAGCAAGAGCUGCGACAGGAAACUCAGGGGGCUGGUUCCCCUCGCUCAUCUCCUAGUCAUACCAUUAGCCGACCUAUACCUAUGCCUAUUCGCUCAGUAUCUGCCUGCUCCACCCCAACCCACACUCCUCAGGAUUCUCUGACUGGUGUUGGGGGAGAUGUGCAAGAAGCUUUUGCUCAGAGCGCGAGGAGAAAUUUACGGAAUGAUUUACUCGUAGCAGCUGAUUCAAUUACCAAUACUAUGUCUUCUCUGGUUAAAGAGCUGAAGUCAGAUGUUGGAAAUGAAACAGAGUGUGGUGUGGAAACUGAAUAUGGACGGGUUCAUUUUGAUGAUUUGGUUCCAUCACCAACCUCAGAGAAGGCCUUCCUUGCCCAGAUCCAUGCUCGAAAACCGGGGUUUAAUCAUCAUUCUGCUGCUACUGGCAACAUUCGCACUGACAUGGGCCCAGGGGACUCCUACGGCAGGCAUGAUGCUGAGACUUAUGAAAAUGACUCUGUGCGCCAGUUAGAGCAUGAGCUGAAGAUGGAAGAGUAUUUAAAGCAGAAGUUACAAGAUGAAGCUUAUCAGGUCAGUUUGCAGGGCUGAAUGCAGUAUCCUCUUACCCUCCCCUCUCAAAUAAGCUUUAGUCCAGAGAAGUAGCGGUGAGGACUGGCAACGGGAAACGGCACAAAUCCAAACUCUCCGAGAGGAUGAUGAGGGGAAAUGUCUGCUGCAUCUUCUGGCGCCAUGGAAUGUAGCACAGUCCAUUUCUUCUAAACCUUGUAGUUUGUAGUUGUGUGUUUUUUGAAAUAACGAGAAGCUUUUUUUUUUUUUUUGGUUAGCAUUUUAAGCAUAAUUUGCAUAGUCAGUAACAACAAGAAGUAUAUGGUUUGCACUUUUUAAUUAACCUGAUGCGUUAGUUUUUUUGUUGGUUUCCACGUGAAAAACAAUGUUUGUGCUGAACCCAUUUGAAAGCCAAAGAGGCUAAUACUUUUCCUGAUUGAUCAGGCAUGAGAAGGGGUUAAAAUAUCACUGCUUUGUACUGGCCUGCAGGCAGCCAUCUGACUGCACAUGACCAUAACAGACUUCAGAUAAAGUCCUGUACUAGAAGCUGGUGGCUUCCUGGAUUAUCCUUAAGCAGUGACUCAAUGAGCACCGUGGAAUGGUGAGCACUAAAAAGCCAAUGAUCUGAAGCAGAAUCAUUUCUCUUCAGUAACUACUAGAUAUCUGAGUGCCUUAGUGCCACCCAAGCUCACUCUGCCACGUAUCUGGUAGCCGUGGCCAAGUAAACAGUCCUGCGCCUUUAUAACACUGAGCUCUCCUGCAGUCUGCUACUGCAACUGUAUGGCCUUACACCUGCCAUGGGUAAAGUAACACUAAAACCUGCAUUGAACUGUAUGCACCAGAACAUAUUGCACCCAGCGAGCAUUUGACUCUGGUUACCACCCAUCAGAGGACCUACAAAUAACAGUGAAUAGAUCCAGAUUCACUCUCACACACACCACACACAGCAUUAUCUUUUCCUAUUCAAUUAUUCUUUGCAGGUUUUUGCACUUGAAUUAGAUUUGUGAUCCUAGUUGAAGUCGUUCAUGGCAAAAAGAGAAAAAAACUCACUUAAUAAAGCCAUGCAGCACUUUAUGGCUUUUUUUUGAAUCACUGGAUAAUAAGAUAUAUUUCUUUAUAUAUUCUUUUUUUUUUUAGUUCUUUGGUUCUAAUAGUAUUUGUGCCGAGUGCACGGAAGAGACGUUUUCAUUUAGGGCUAAUGUAUAAUUUAGGGUUUCUUUCUGUCAAGAUGAUGUCAUAAAUCAGCCAUACAAGUUCUUAAUGUAAAUAUAUAUAUCUAUUUUUCAUUUUCAAUAGAGACGCUCCUAUACAGAGAUAAAGUAUACGUUGUUCUUAUUAUGUCAAAUCUAAUUUUGAAACUCCACGCAGAUGUUAUAAAAAGAACUGUGAAUAAAGUUUUGAACUAC